AUGGACAUCUCCAGACUUAAGGUUGCGGUGCCGAGCUACCAAAUCACCGAGGAAAACGGCCCGGUGGUGUACGCGAUUGCUGUGGAGUAUGGGAAGCUCUCGUGGGACGUCUGGCGUCGCUACAGCCAGUUCGCUCAACUGUACCGUGACCUCGAACGAGAGGGCUACUGCGCACUGCCGUCGAUGCCCAGCAAGACGCUUGCAGGCCCGCCGCAGGAUCCUCGCACGCUCGCAGAUCGGCGCCACAAGCUCCAGUAUUUCCUCUUGGAACUUCUCCGGCGCCCCGACACGCGCACGUCCGCGCCGCUGCUCGACUUCCUUCUCUUCAAUGAGCAGGCCAGUCUAAACGUGCCGCCGCUGCGGCCCUGGUGCGUCUGCUGCACAGGCGCGCAGCGAUUCGCCGUCUCCACGCUGGUAUACUCGCCCGCCAAUCGCGUUGUGAUUGUCGGUCACGAGGAUAAAACGGGGUUGUCGCGUCUCGGCCGUCUGUGGAGUCUGGUGGAGCCCGACGAGUUUGGCAUGAUCAACGUCUGGGCGCUGGAUGCCGACAUGGGUUGCCCGUCUCUCAUGCAGUCGAUUAAAACCCAACCGAAGGUUCGAUGCAUGUUCUUCGAUGAGCCAAACAACCAACUUUUCGUUGGGCAUGACGACGGCAAGGUGGCGGUGUACGUGUUGGACGCGGAUGAGUUGAAGAUCGACAAGGUCAAGGAGCUCGACCUCCACACGGCAGCGGUCAUGCAUCUCGCGCCCGGCAGCUCGAAGCAGAAGCGUCUCCUCUCGCUCGGGUUCGACGGAGCGAUCCGCGUGAUUGACAUCGCCACGCACCAGAUGCUCUGCGGCGGUCGCUUGACGCGGCGACUGGGCAGCGGUGUGCACCUGACCACCGGGCACUUCGACGAUGAAACAGACACGGUUUACCUCGGGACGUCGAGCGGCCAGGUACUUGUCUACGCCGUCAAGAGCAACCCGCCUUCGUUCGUUCAGGGCUUGACGGUGCAUCCUGUCUACCCUGUCGAGGCGCUCAUCGUGGGCAAAAUGUACAUGUUUGUCGGCCACGGCGAGUACGUCUCGGUGGUGAGCGUCGAGCAGAGACGCAUGGAGCAGAAGUUUUCUAAAGUCGCGGUUCUCACGCUGAGGGACAACCCGUCGCCGGUGCUCUCAUUGGUGUACGACCCGGAGGAAAAGCGGCUUCUCGUCGGCUACGACCCGGCGAUCGCGUGGUGGUCGAUCGAAAGCGGACAGCCCCUCUGCGUGUGGGAGGGCCACGGCGGCGGAGUUCACCAGCUCUUGCUCACGGACCGCAGCGAUAUUGUCGUCUCUGGCGGAGACAGUGGCAAUACCAAAGUUUGGCGCCUGCCGCCGCCGAAGGAACUCCGUCUCUGGCAGCCGCCGUCGAUGGGCGAUCGUGGGAGCGCCGCGUCCUCAAACGGAGGUACGACGACGAGUUUCUUGCUGCCGCAGGACGACGACGAUUCGCCGACCUCAGCCUUCCGUGCUGGAGCAACCCAGCAGCGCGUCUCGGCGCACGCAGGCUACGAUCCCCUCCCCAUCGGGCGCAGCGCGCGAGAUAUUUUCGCCGCGGACAGUCCCUCAGACCGGGACGACGGCCUGGUGGAGACGCAUUCGGCCGGCGGGGGAAACGACCACGGCAGUUGUGCGCACUCGGCGCUCGCAGGCGAUGAGGCCUUCGGGGCGCAGCCAUCCGAGCUGGCGGGGGCUGGAGGCGUGGCGGACGGCGGAGCGCCAGCCCCGACUUCCGCAGCUGCGACGGCGAACCAUCUGCCCGCGCCAUUCGAGCCCACGAGCGACGACGACGACCUGGAUGACUUGCGCAGCGCCUUUUCGUAA